AUGGAGGAUUUGAUUGGUCCAAGGUUGUACAGCUGCUACAAAUGCAGAAACCCUGUUGCUCUUCAUGACUCUAUUAUCUCUAAAGGAUUUCAGUCGAAAAACGGACGAGCGUUUCUGUUUUCUCGUGCGGUGAACGUGUUCGCGGGCCGGAAAGAGGAUCGGCAGCUGAUGACGGGCCUGCAUAUGGUGGCCGACGUGCACUGUCGGGAUUGCAAAGAGGUUUUGGGGUGGAAGUAUGAGAAGGCCUAUGAGGAUUCACAAAAGUACAAGGAAGGUAAAUUUGUGCUUGAGAAAUUCAAGAUUGUUAUCAGUGAAAAUUGA